AUGGAUACACCUACUACACAUGAACUAGGGACGACUGCUUUGCAGUCAACAAAUGAGGACUUUGAAGAUCAAGACUACAGCAAAAUUUAUGAACAGCUUCAGGAGAAGUUCAACAAUGAGUUCGCAAUGUCACAAAAGCUUUUCAUCACUGAAAAGACUCAAAGACAAGCCUUGUACUAUUACAAGAGACGAAACGAUGCUAUAUUAGAUCUCCUUGCGGAUCUAGAAGAUGAUGAUCCUGUUAAUGUUCCAUCUCCAGUUGAUAAAGAUCGAGUAGCGCAUUUGAUGUCGCUUUCUCCCGCUCUCGCCAAUACUUUAACUCCGUUGCAUCAAAUAUUAUCAUCAGAAGAUCCCACGCUGAUAACAGUCAAAGAGCUGUUACAUACAGACUUGCCUGUUUAUGAGAUGAUACCUGACUUGGCAAACGAUGAACUAGAUACCGUCGAGGUUAAUCCUGAAGAAACUGACAUGUGGAUCAGACGAAAUUAUGCACAUUUAGUUAUUUCGAAGUUUAAACCUUUGGAAGUAAGAGGCAAAGAUGUGCGUGAAUAUAUAGAUGCGUCAAGUUUGGGUGCUAAGAAGAAGAAGAAGACUGCUUAG